AUGAUGACUAUACCGUCUGGUCUUCUUCUCGCAUGUCUCCUUCCUGGUGCUACUGCAUCUCUUGCCGCCAACUUGAGUAACAUCCUUGGACAGCCCCCUUUGUCGCGCAAUCCUUCAGCAUUCAUGUUGAAGCACAACAUUGUUGGAAACGACUUCUUUAAAGAGUUCGAAUGGGACGCCUCUGACGACCCAACACACGGUAGAGUCAAUUAUGUUGACAAAGCCACAGCUAUAAAACGAAAGCUCGCCUCGGCAACCGCGAAUUCAUUCAUCAUGAAGGUAGACGAUACGAAUAUCGUCCCAAAGAAUACUAGAGGCCGCGACAGCAAUCGCAUUAGGUCGUAUGAGAGUUACACCGAUUCUGUACAUGUUCUCGACGUCAAGCAUGUGCCAUGGGGUUGCGGUACCUGGCCGGCGUUUUGGACUGUAGCUGAGAAAGACUGGCCGCAUGGUGGAGAGAUAGAUAUUAUUGAAGGAGUUAAUAAAGAGCCUGUCAAUCAGGCAACCCUUCACACGUCUCCCGGAUGUCAGAUGCCGCAGAACAGACCGCAGACUGGGAAUACCGUUUCGACAGAUUGCAAUGCCUUCGAUAAUGGCAAUCAAGGUUGUGCGACCAGUUUCCAGAAGUCCAGUUCUUAUGGCCCGGGUCUUAACAACAACGGUGGUGGGUAUUUCAUCAUGAAGAGAACACAGGAAGACGGCGUAUCGGUAUGGCAUUUCGGGAGGAACGACCCGAAUACUCCACCCGAAGUCAAAGCUGGUGAAUACAUUAAUCCUGGCAGUCACUGGGGUACGCCAGACGCUCGCUUUCCAUCGACAGACAAAUGCAACUUUGCGUCGCAUUUUACGGCACACAAAACCAUCUUUGAUACCACACUAUGCGGAGAUUGGGCUGGUAAUGUUUUCUCGUCAACCUGUGGCAAAGGGUCAUGUGAAGACUUCGUCGAUAAAAAUCCUAAGGCGUUCGAGCACCUCACGACUCUUGACGCUGGUUUCACGCUCACUGGCACACACACAAAAAUGAUCCCACUUAUCCCAGCACUUGCCCUCUCCAUUUUAUCCUUGCUUUGCUCAGCAUUCUCUAUUUUCCGUAUCCUGGUGCCCCUUAUUCCGUAUAAUCGCAUCCAUCCGACUAGGAAGAUACGUAAGACACUUUCCUUGUCACAUGCAGAUAAAGCACACCUCUGGCUCUCAGGCCUCGACAUCAUCUCUUUGCUGGUUUUUGUUUGGGAGGUAUUCAACCAGAAUCUCGCACAGACUACCAAUCGCAGCGUUGGCACGGACACGGCGGCGUCUGCUCGCCUAUUCCUCGUCCUGACAUUGAGACAAAUUUUUCUGCUCGGUAUUUCCGCCGUCUCCCUCAUUCAGGUCCGUAGGUCCCUACAAAGCUCAUUUGGCAUUUUUCACUGGCGCGUUUGGGUACCGCCAUCCACUGUGACUGCCAUCUCGACUGCCAUCACUGGUAUUUAUGCUAGCAAGGGGAUACAAAGCUUCCGGAUUGGAGUUACCGCCUACAUAAUCUUCCUUGCUAUAUCUACCACAGCUGCAAUCAUCUUCCUCGUCGUGUCCCUCCGCGUUAUUCAAGAUAAACUCAUGUCAAAUAGCGAGUGGUAUGAUUCGUGGUAUGAUGCUAUAACGGAUGUGAAAUCGAGUUACUCCUUCCCGACUGAGGAUGUUGAAGCUCUCAAAGAUGGAAGCUCGUGGAUCACAUCCGACGCAGGAUCACGUCGCGACUCGAUUUCAUCAUUUUCCUUCGAAUCCACUGCACGCUCCGCGGAGACCAGUCACGAUGUGAACAAUCAGCAACAAGUCGGUGAAAGCUCGCAGCAGGAUAGUUCGUGGCUAACAGAACCAUCAGUUCCGCCUCGAACUAUAACUGAUUGGUCAUUUUCAACAAAUCCCGAAGUCAAUAUGGCGCAUGCCAGUACUACGAUGGAUAACCAUACUCAACUAGGGGUUAACCGAGCAUCAUGUCCUCUUACUCCGGCUCUAUCAAGUACACAGUUUAUUGGUCAUUCCGAUCUUCAUCAUCGUGGCGUUGGUGAUAGAAAUGACAGUUUCCAGACUUUUAACAAGAUGUACACAAAGGACGACAGGGCACGUUGGAUACGCAUGGCUGGAUGGCUUGCUUAUAUCUGGCUACCAUUAAGCCUUGCUUUGCCUUUCAUGGUUUCGACCUCACUUCACGGCCCGACUCCUGUGCUGUUUAUCAUUUCAAUGACAGUUUCUGCUCCGUUACUCGCGUUUAACGUUUUGAUUUCACCGUUGCCUAUCACGACCAGCCUUAUGGAAGAUGUCUCGAAUCUACCUAAGCUAUCACAACUUGAAGGUGGCUACAAACGUAGCGCAAGUAUCACUAUUGUUGAAGGUCGUCGAAGUGGAGAUGUUUGGCUUUCCAAAGGCGACGCUUUUGAUGGUAAGAACAGGUUGAGCCGUGGGAUCAGUCUCCUCUCCAAGGCUCCCAAGCUGGCCGUUCUUCCGGCGAAAGCAAGCAACUUCGAAGUCGAUAACUACUGUAACAUCAACAAAUCUAGUACAGCCGAGUAUCCUGUAUGGGGAAAUUCGGUAGCUACUUCUGCCUUUGUUGCUAUUGAUCCUUAUCGCGGCGACGAAGUUGGUCAGUUAUACGGUCCACAUGCAACGAACGACAGGAAUGACUUCUUAGUACGAAGUGGGAACUCGAUGCGGUCGUUUUCAGGCACUAAUUCGAUGCCUGUAAGCAGAAGUUCCAGCAUAAGCUCUGGCAGUUCGAAGGGAGAUAGGAUUCGGAAAUUCCCCUUUACGACUAAUUUGGAGACCAUACUUGAUACGAGCUUGAAUACACCACAACGAGCAGUUCGUACGGACAACGAAGGUGGAAUUUUCUUUCCCAGAUCAGAAAUGCCAAGUCAUCCACAUAUACUGGCCUUGCAAGGUGCCGGAACUGCGUCCGACCAGACUCAGGAGGGUCUAAUAGCUUCUGUGCGACUUUGCGAUCAGCAGGACUCACCCAACGAAAGCGACAGCCUUUCGGCGGGACUACUUCCGCUCCUUGUACCUGGACUUAAAAUCGGUUCUGCCAGUGAAGCCUAUAAAACGCCUGAGAAUAAACGGGAACGACCAAGCACACUCCUACCCUUUCCGUCUCCCGAAGACAUGUCUACGCCAAAGCCACAAAGGUUGUGGAUGGACGGCGUUGAUGUUCCGGAGCAAACCGAGGAUGUCUUCGGUGGAACUGACAACUGCAAGGUUCAGAGGAGCAGAAUCCCGCGAUGGUCGCAGGGAUUGCAGAGGCCUACGUCGUCGAUCGCACCUAUCGGCGAAAUGGUGAACCAAGGUCGGACUGGAUAUGCGUUGCAUACUGCCAUUGAUGACGGACAGACUCGGCCUUACAGACCAUCAAUGAUCCCCGUACCCGUACGCCUGCAAGGAGCUGAUGUCGAGUACACCAUUGAACGUGCACCAUAUGCUUCUCGCUACAGGGGUAACAGUUUGGUCUCUGAAGGUCAAAAUCUACCUUUGUCCCGUCUGCCAAGGUUGGCUAGAUCAGCAUCUGAUAAGAGGGCACCAGUUGUCCGUCACCAGCCAGUAUAGCCCAUAGAACUUUGAUGGCUAUCACAUUC